AUGAUAAUCUCAGGAAUCUCCCGCCAUGAUUUCAUUCGUGCAAAACUCGUCUCAUCAUAUUCGGUUUGUGCUCAAUUCCACGAAGCAUCCAUUAUCUUCUCCAUUACCAACCGCCAAUCCACUUUCCUCUACAACUCCCUCAUCCGAGCCUUCUCUUCCGUCAAUCGGUUCUCCGAUUCUCUCCUCCUUUUCCGGGAUAUGCUUCGUGCCGGUAAAGCCUUAGACCGCCAUACACUGCCGCCCGUCCUCAAGUCCUGCGCCGGUGUUCCAGAUUUUCACCUCGGACGCAACGUCCAUGUUCUUGUUUUCGUAAAUGGGUUUGAUUCGGAUAUUGCUAAUUCAAAUUCUUUGGUUACAAUGUAUAGUAAGUGUGGUGAUCUGGGUAGUGCACAGAAGGUGUUUGAUCAAAUGCCUGAAAGAAAUGUGGUUUCUUGUUCGGCUAUGAUGAGUGGGUAUGCAUUGUAUGGGAGAUGUAAAGAGGUGUUUGAACUGUUUGACAGAAUGAUCCUUGAUGGGUUGCAGCCAGAUGGACCGAUCUUCACCGCGGUUCUUGCAGCAUGUAGUCAUGGCGGGUUGGUCGAAAAAGGGAAGGAGUACUUACAGAUAAUGAAAGAUUUUGGGUUGAGGCCAGGGUUGGAACAUUGCACCUGUAUGGUUGAUAUGUUGGGGAGGGCAGGGAGAUUGGAGGAGGCGGAGGCAAUAGUCGAAGGGAUGGAUGCCGCCCCCGAUGAGGUAUUAUGGAGCGCGUUAUUGGCCGCGUGCAAGACUUAUGGGAAGGUGGAAGUAGCAGAAAGGUUGGCUGACAAGAUAUAUGCAAGAAGGUUAGUUUUAACAUAA